AUGGAUGAAGAAGACCCUCUUGCCAACUUCGCCUUUGCGGAUGUAUCUUCUGAUGAGGCCGACGAGGUAGAGGCCACAAAGUCGCGCCGGACAGGUCAAUCAGAGGAGGCCUGGAGAGUCAUUCAGAAGGAGUUCGAGGCAAAGGUUGAGAAUGGCAACAUACACCAGAAGAUCAAGUUGCCGCUAGGUCCAGGAGCAUCCAAGAUGGAAAUUCAGGAGGUCAUUCAUGCCGUUGAAGAACACUACUUCUUUCGUCGUUUCAACGAGGCUGAAGAACUGGCAAAGAAAGUCCUGAACACAAGCACUGGCCUGGAUAAAGACUCGCAACAAAUAUUGCAAGCAUACCAAGACAAAAGUCAUCAAAAGAAUAACAAAUCCACUUAA